CGGUGACAGGGUUCAAUCAACAUGGCUGUCGGUGGUAGAUGUCUGUCAACAAACCUGUCAUAUGUUUACGGUCGUCUGUGAUCUGGAGGUUUGUUUCUUUUGGCAAGUGAGAGGGUGAUGGAGCUACAGGGAGAGGGAGGUUGGAAAUGGUGGCUGCUGCUGGCCAUAUUCCUGUUCUUCUUCUCUUUUGGACAACUAGGGCUGCUUCUCUCCAUCUAUGCCUUCUUCUUCCUGACUGGCUGUCUUGUCAUUGCCUUCUAUCAUGGAAGAGCAGUGUCCCAAACAAUACUUAAAAAAAGCUGCAGGCAGUACCGCAGGAAUGCAAGUGGAAUCAAGAGGAUUCGCAUGAAAAUGGAGCCUACAACUAAAAUAAAAAAUUUUGACAAGCGUAUGACUGGUGCAAGUGUCAUUGAUGAUGCCCUAAAAGAAGUGCUUGAGUAUACAGUGAGGGACUACAUCAAGCCUUGGUAUCGGCAGAUCAGUGAUCAUGAUGACUUCCUAGUUGACGUAUGGCAGUGUGUUCAAAAGGUUGUGAUCACUUUUGCCAGCAGAUCAAAAGAAGUCGACUGGAUGCCUUACUUCACUCAGCGUCUUGUAGAUGAUUUUGCCUCACAUAUACGAUUGUACAGGCGUGCAUCAGAGAAGGCGAAAAGCAGUCGAAAUGAUGAACAAUAUUGCCAGCUGUUAGAAGCAGCAUUUUUUGAUUUAGAGGUAGAAAUGGAGCGCAACAAGUGUCGAGACCUUGUGUGCACCAGUUCUGAGCAUGAACACCAGUACCUACAGGAUCUCAGUGAAGUUUUACUGUAUCUUUUACUGCCAAAGGAUGAUUUUCAGAGCAAGCCAUUUAGAUACAUUAUUAGAGAAGUCUUAGUGAAUGGUAUCUUAUUACCUACAAUAGACCUGCUGUCAGAUCCAGAUUACUUAAAUCAGUACAUAGCAUGGCUGUGUUAUGAUUCUUCCUUCACACGAGAAUCCUUUCUGACGGUGAUUCGGAGUAGCGAAACAGCAGAGGAGUUGAUAGCAGUGAGAGAAAAGGUUGAGGAAAAUAUUGCUCGAUGGAGAUCAAGAGAUACAGGAGGAAGUGAAGAUACUGUGAUUAAGCAGAACCUUAACAGUCUCAUCUUUCUUCGGGAUACUUGUCAAAUGCGCCUUAAGCGCUUGAGAGAAGGCAGCAUCGACACUGAAACGCUAGAGGAACCAGACUAUCUUCGUUACCAGUCUUUGUAUGUUAUGGCUUUAGAUGACAUCCUCAACAACAAUACUGCCCUUCAGGCCUUUUUGGAAUUCAUUUCCGAAAAAGGUGGUCAGCAGUAUUUGUUCUUCUAUCUAAAUGUGGAGGGCUUCAGGGCAGCAGCCGCCCAGCAACUUAAAGAAUUGCCAAAAGAAGCAGAUGCAGAUCUUACAAAACUGAGACAAGCUGCCACCAUUAUCUAUGACCAGUACAUUGCUGAUAAGGGUAUCUCUCGGAUACGCAUUGAGCCCGAAUACACCAAGGGCGUAUUGCAGAAGAUCAAGAGCAAGACCUUUUCUGAGGAUGUUUUUGAUGUGGUCCAGGCAAGGGUGUACCAGGUCCUGCAUGUUCAGUACUAUGAAGAGUUCUUACAGAGUGCAGUGUAUGUGCGACUGCUUACAGAACUUGGGCUUCUAAAUAAUGAUCACAAACAGCAGGAUCCUGAUACCAUCAGUCUAGAUGAUGACCUGUCCGCCAGGGGUUCGGGGGCAUCUGUGGGCAGCCCUGAAGAUGGUGGUGAUGCUGUGGAUGAGGGAGAUUCUGAAUCCCUAGAUUCACUGUCAUCCAUCACAUCAGCUGGGUCCUCUUCUGCAGGAGAAGCGUAUGUAACCGCACAAAUAUCCCAGACAGGAAUUGUGAAAGAGCCAGAUAAGUCUGGAAAAUCAUACGCAGUGUUUGCUGUCACGGUCAGGAGAAAGGUGCCUUAUGCAGAAGAAGAAGAAAUCUGGGAUGUAUAUCGACGCUACAGUGACUUCCAUGAUCUGAACAUGAUUCUUAUUGAAAAAUUUCCAGAUCUGCAGGGUCCUACACUUCCAGGAAAGACUGUUUUAAAGAACAUGAGCAAGGAAUUCCUGGAGAAGCGUCGGAAAGCUCUUGACAAUUACCUCAGAGCACUUCUGAAACAAGAGGUGUGGCAAAGAGUUGCAGGUUUGGAGGAAUUAAUAAUGCAGUUCUUGGCACCUGGACUUUGGGAAAAACACAAGUCUGAAUUCUCAAGAAAGAUGGACACAUUAGUCAAUCCCAUUCGUACUGCCUCAAGGAAUGCAGGUAAUGCAGUGAAGAAUGCACCUGACUGGCCCAACAAAAUGUCCAGCAAUAGUAAAGGGUGUGGGGAAGAAGGAGAUAGCAGCAUCCCGGCCAGUAAAGUUGGGGCUGGACUUGACACAGAGGCAGCUGACAACAUUCCGUUGCGGAUCGUGUUGCUCAUGUUAGAUGAAGUGUUUGACCGUCGCCUGAAGAAUCAGUGGUUACGCCGUCGCAUGGUCUCUAUACUUCGCCAGCUCAUCAAAUCAACAUUUGGUGACAUGAUCAAUAGGAAGAUUGUAGAUCAUGUUGAUUACAUGACAUCAGCAGAGCAAAUGGCAGAAUAUGUUCGGGCUUUCAGAAACUCCUUCUGGCCUGGGGGAGUGUUGGCAGAGCCAAGACCACCUAGAGAAGAGGCUACAAAGCUGAGGACCCAGGUUUUCUGCAAAGCAAAAAUGUUUGGCAGUGUUCCUGAUGAAAUGCGGACAGUGAUGGGCACAGAUGCAAUUCGGAUGGGCUGUUUCCUUGUGUUUAAUAUGUUCCAACACAAGACGCUCAACAAACGCUUUCUCUACGUCUUCCUUGAGGGAGUUCUUGAGACUCUCUUCCCAGACAACAAAUUUGAUGAACUCUUUCACAAGGAGCACUCACGCUCUGAACGUGUCAAGCUGGCCUUGAGUCGGCAAGACCCUACAGGUCCUGGCAUGAGGGUACACAGAAGACAAGUCCGGCGGUGAUGUCCUGCAUUACCUGGGAACGAAAAAUUAUCUUAUCGAAGGGCUGAGGCUACUAUAAAGUUAAGAGGGUGUUUGAAUAUAGGGCUAUGCAUGUCUUUAGGAGAAAGAAGAGUAUGAGAGAGAGAGAAUGUAAGCUAUUAAGUGUGACUGAUGUGAGCAUGCUUUGCACUGAGCGGAGGUGCCAUUACAUGUGAUAUUUGUCCAUGCUGAGAUUCUGUUUGUAUAUUUGCAUAAUCUUUAUUUGGACCAUUGGGAGCAUUUCUUGCAGCAGUAAACAACAUUGGUAGCAACUAUAAGGUUUUUUCAGCUUUGUCAUUUGGCCUUGCUUCCUUUUUUUUUUUUUUUAAGUUCUGCUUGAAGGGAGUUUUUUUUUUUUUUGAAAUGUGGAAAUAAGGCAGAAUACUGAAACCUUUUCAGCCUGAUUUGGGUGAGUUGUGAAGUUUCCGAAAACUGAUACUGUUCAGUUUUCAUUAAUUGGACCAGACUGCAGGAUACCCUAGCUGGAAGUUAUAGCAAGCUGUUUCAAUGCCCCACUCAGUAGGCUGGAAGUACAUAAUAACUGUGAUUAUCUGUACAUAAGUUCUGAUAAGCCUUACUCAACAAAUUUUUUAUCAGCAUGCUUGCUGGAAAGGGAUUACAAUAGACAAUCAGAUAUUAAUAUUAAACUGGCAUAAAGGUCUGCUUGUGUGUUCUGAAAAACAUUCAUUUGCUAUUAUUGCAUUCGCCAUCAUAUUACAGACUAGUCCACUCUUUGAUCUCAUAUUGAUAGGUCUUGAAAGUAAGUAGAGCUUGUGGUUACCUGAGCUGCUAUAAAUUUUUUACUGGGAGUUAUUUUUUAAAAGAUAUGGAAAAUAUUUUCAUUAUAGACAAAAAUAAAAUUCUUGUUACCAUUUUGUUGCAUUUUGGGGAUUAAUUUUGUUCUUUUGCAACAUGCUUAGUUUUAUGUUAAAUGUUUUUUAAUAUAUUAAACCUAGCACACAUUUUGCAUUUCACUGUGCCUUUAUUUUUUUCAAAUAUUAUUUUAGUUAAGUAAAAUCAAUAUGUAAUGCCUCUUAACAACUUUGUGAACAUUUUGUACUAACAGGAGAAAGCUUCUUAAGUAAUUGACCUGCUUGAGAGUUUUUGUCAUUUUUAGCAGGAUACAGUUGAAACAUUCUGGAAAUGGUGUGCACAACCAUUAAUCCAGACUUCCCAAAUAGCUAGAGAAAUACUUGCACACUCCAUGUUGAUCUGGUGCCUUGAAAAAAAUUGACAGUGUUGUAGGUAAAUUAAGAUCUAAAGUUAAAAUGCAUAGCCCACUUUUUCCCCGUUUAUUUUCUAGAUUGACUCAAAUUUUUAACAUUAGUUAUUUGUGACCAUCCAAGGAACACAUGAAUACAAGAAACAAGCAAAAAGAAAAAAAAAAUCACCUAUCGCAACCACAGAACUGGCUUCUGAAGAUACUUAGAAGUGUUAAUUUCCCAGAAUAUUUUAAGCAUAGUUAACUGUAGUGAAAAGGACGACUUCUUUUCCAUGUUUUGUGUUUCUUAUUGUUGUCUGAUUGGUGGUCUUUUGUGUUUGAAACAGCCAGUGCUAAGCAAGUAUAUGCAUGUGGGAGUGAAGUCCUUUAGCUUCAUGAGAAAAGGACACAAUUUCUGUGAUGAACUUAAAAUCAUUCCUGAGACAAAUAACUAUAUUAAAGUAUUAUAGUUUGUAUAUAGUCUUCUUAAUGAUUGGAGUGUUUUAUCUCCUUUAUCUUUUAUGCCAAGGAGUGAAAUUUAUCUUAGCCAGCAUGUACUGUCUGCACGUUAUCAGAUGUUGCAUUAUCAGGCUGUUAAAAGUUGUUCCACUUUUUGGAUGUAUUUUUCCUAAUUUCACAUUAUUACUGCAUACUUAACAGAAUGACAAAAUGGAUGUGUGUGAGCAUAUGCAUGCAUUUGUGAGUGUGUGCACUGACAGUAAUUUAAUGCUCAUAUUUAUAGAAUAUUUUUGUAUUUUCCGAAGAAUUUGUUGUGGUGAGUGGAGUGGUGGGGGAUGAGGGGUAGGAUAAGGCAAAUGAAAGUAUGCUUAGUGUGAGAGAUAUAUGUUCAUCAGCCUUCAAGGGUGCUUUAAUUGUACAUGAUUGCUGAGACUAGAUUGUCUUAAAAAUCACUGACAAAAUGUGUAUCUGUACAGAUUAAAAAUACUGUCAAUUUACUUGUGAAUGGAGGUAUCAGCAAUUUAAGUGAUCUGAGAGAAAUGCAUAUCUGCUAGAAUGACAACUUGUGUGUGAUACUGUUCCAUGCACUGAAAGUAAGAUUGUAAUGGGGUUUGACCUUUUUUUCCCCCAUUGUGAAGCACUUCAGUUCUUCUUGUGGCAAGGGCAGUUUGAGAUAAAAAAGUCUCGUCAGCAUGGAAAUACAUUUUUUGGGUUAGUCCAUUGAUUUAUGCUUGCACAAAAGACGUGCUCAAGUUCAAGAUUUUGCUGGCUGCCAAAGGACUGGGACAGAUGGGCAACACCUGCUGUGUACAAUUUCUCGUUAGUCCUGAGCAGCAUCAACCAAGACCUGGAUUAUCAUGGUGAGCAGUGGCGGACUGGCCAGUCGGGCAUUUAUUUGGGCAAUGCCCGGUGGGCCUAUUUUGUUCUAUAGAAUAAUAUUAUAGGCCUAUUUUAGUGAGAAGGGCCGCUCUGUAAAUAAUGCCCGGGCCGCUUUAAAGCUCCAGUCCGCCCCUGAUGGUGAGCAUGUUUCCACACUGAAUGUGAAUGCAGUGUAUUAUGCCUGUUUUGGCCUGAUCACGUCCACCACAAACAUCAUUUAGCCUGCUAAAAAGCUCUGAAUUUUACAUGCUGGAUGAAGGUUGGAAAGCAAGGGCAAGUGAGUAAUCCAGUUAUAUCCAUUUAAUGCUGACUCUGCAUGUCAUUGUGGUACAAAAUGUCAUGUGCAUUACCUAAACAUCAACAGAGUUUUAUCAUUUAAUCUACUGUCUUAAAGUCAACAUAAAACUUUCUAAAGGAGAUUAAGUAACAUCAACAAGAAUAACAAGCAUGGUGGAAUUAAGAGUAGUGCAUACUUUGUGCUGGAUUUUAUUAUAGUUCAAGCUUUGUGCCAUAUUUAAAAACCAAGUGGCAAGAAAAGACCACUUUAUUUUGCUUUAUAUUUUUUUUUGGAUGGAAGUAGGAGUAUUUAGUCAUCCAGCAGUUUUAUUUUUACCACUUCCCUUUUUUAAUGAGAUGUAUAUAGCAACUCCAAUUUCCAUUGGUUGCGUGAAAAUACCCCCCCUCCACCAACCAUUGUUGACGAGACAUCCAUUGACUUUUAAUAUUGCACCACAAGAAUCUUUUGAGUGACUCAGUUGAGCAACUCAUGAAUGUCUGUUCACAGCUGUUAAUUAUAUGCAUGUGUGUGCGUGUGUGGAGACUUGCACAUUUAACAUUUGAAUGCUCAUUUCCCUUUAUGUACCAUUUGAAGCACUGCAUUUUUUUGGUUCCUAGUCAGUGAGGUUGUGAAUUUCAGCUUGCAUUACAGGCCAUGUCCAUGUUGCUUCCUGUACUGUUGUCUGUGUCACUUUAGAAAACUAGCGACUAGAAAAGAUGGCUUUCUAAUGCCAUGAAAUAUGAAGAGCGAACGUAAUCAGAAUUUUGUGCAUGAUCCAAAGAAUACCUUUGAUAUUUGAGGAAAGAAAUGAUGCAUUUACUUUGUGUAGUCAAAAAGUGAUAAAUUGCUUCAUUCACUAUUGGAGAUUGUGGCACAAAUGCUUAGUAUUUGUUUGGUAUUUCAACCAUUUCAGUCUGUUAUAUCAUCCUAAACAACUAUUUCACACUUUUGUAAUUUUUUUGUUUUUAUGAGUAAGCAAUGCAUGUUUUUUCCUAAAACUAAAAAGCUUGCAAUAAUUAUGGUAACUAUUAAACAGUUCAAAGGUGAACUGGGAAGUGUUGAAUAUUUUGGCCUUUCAUCCAAAUUACUUUACAGACCAAUAACUUAUUGCUCUUAAAAGUGUAGUACAUUAUUGAGGGUGUAAACUGUGUGCAUGUAUACAAGGGAGGGAGUAAGAAGGGUAUUAUCUUCAUUCACAAAAGACAACAGUGGACUAUUCUUGUCCUGAUUCCUCUGCAUCUUGAAAAUAAUCUAAAGUCAUUGAUUCAUAGCUAAUGCUUCACUUAAAAAUUGGUUGCAAAAAAAGCUGUAGCAUUCUGCUAUACUUAGACAACAGGAAGAAUGUUAGGAGUCUGUUUAUUGUGAAGUAACUUUCUCUUUCAAUUUAAAAACUGCUGUGAAAUACUUGCUGCAUCUGCUGGGCAAAGCCAUACAUUAAACCAGGGGAGAAAACCCAUUGCUGAUUGUCAGUGUUUUCAUUCAAAUUUUUGUGUUCACAGCAUAUUGCAGGCUAUAUUAUUUUUGUCUUCAGAAAAAAACAUUAUUCAUUAUCGUGAUUUAAAAAAAUUAGUUCUGGCCACAAUUAUAACAAAAUAUAUAUCAGCUUGUCACACCUGAUGUAUGCAACAUGCUGUUAGAAAUUCUGACAAGCUUGGUUUAAGGAUGGAAAUAAACGUUUGACUCAAAUCUGCAUACAUCUCCCUAUAGUUCUGAGUAGCUCUUUCUAUUGUCACGUGCAGCUAUGCCCUAUCUCUUCAUUUUGUAAUAUUUGAGCUUUUUAUAAAAUUUAAAGUCUAGUCACCUUGCCUGAAAUUCUUUAGAGGUCAAAACUGCAUCUCCUAUCUGUUAACAAUGUAUUAACACACUGGUACCAGUGGUCAUGUAUUCACUGCGGUUUGUUUUUUUUUUAUCCAAAAGUGGUUAGAAUUAUGCAGUAAAUACCCUAAGCUCAAAGAAUGUUAAGGCUAAACAAGAUCACUGCAGCUUUGCAUGGUCUACAGCAAAUAAAAAAAUCACAUUUUAAUCAUGUCUUUAUAUCAAAUCAGGGGUCCAUACUACAACCAGUUUGAUUCCCAUACUAAAUUACAGCAUUAACUCAUCCUAAUUAACAAAAAAGUAUAUAUACAUAUAGUAGUUUAGUUUGUUUAGUCCUUGUUACUCCUUGAGGAGCAUAGGGCCGCAUAUACAUAUAUAUACCAUGCCUUGAUUUUCCUUUAUGCUUUGCAUCUGAAUUAUGAGUGGCAGAACCAGGCCAGAAAUAGUAGUGGUCAUAAUUUAUGUUCAGAAUCAAAUAAGUCCAGUGACAAAAAUAGUUUUUUAAAUUUUCUCUUCAUGGGAACAUCAAGUGAUUGUAAAUGUUGGAGGCUGACAAGAGUCCUAACCUGGAGACUUAUGUGACUGUGGCAUACUCUGCCAUUCAGCAAAAAAGAGAUCUAUAAACUUUUGUCUUAAGGGUAAUCCCCAUCUAGCAAUAGGUUGGAUUAGCUGACAACGGGAAAAAAGGAAGUAAGUAUUAUCGAUGGGAUGGGAUAAGACAGAGCAUAAUGCUGUGAUAGCCAUGGUUACCUCAGGAGGUAAAACUAAGAAAGAUAGGAUGCUUGCCUUUUUUUUUUUUUUUGCCAAUUCAUUUGUUGCAUGUGACCUUUGGGAGUACAGGAAGGUAUGAGGAGUUAAGUUAGGUGGGUGACUUUGACAAGUUAAAGACCUCAGUCUGUUUUUCAUUCAUCUUUUGCUUCACUGAUGAAGGAGGCUAUCUACUUACAAACAAAAAGUGGUCAUGAUCAUUGUCAUUAACAGUAUGAUUUUUAUUCCCAGAUAGCUUUCAAAAACAGAAAUGCUUGAACACUAUAUUUGCUCAUGCACUCUUAAUCUGAUGCUACCUGUGAGAUAAGUAACCUGGGUAUAAAAAACUGUUAAGGAAACUACACAAAGAUUUUUUUUAUGCUAUGUGAAUGUGCAAUUACAGUUUUUGAUGUCAACUGUAAAUAAGUGAAUAAAAUCACCCAGAAGAGUC